GUAGCUCAUUUCAUUUCGACCUCAUCCUCUUCAUGUCUCUCAACCCCGAACAAUAAAUUCGGGUGCACUACACUGAACAUGGUACAGUACAGUAGACUCGUCCAACUAGUUUGAGGUCAGACUCACAGUGGCAAUAAUCAUCGUGGGAAACGCAUCAAAGACUACAAGUGCUCGUUCUGGGCGCCUGUCUCUGCGGUAAGUAGGUCGUCGACGGCAGCGUCAUUGAGCAGGACAGACCUGGUUGUCGUCAGUAAACGCAGUUGGCAUCGCUAGCAUGAACCACCACGGGGGAGGACACCGCCGAAAGCAAUAUCGAGGUGCAGACGACUACGACAGUCAUGACCGCCGGCGGGACACUUUUGACACCCCAGAGCAGAAGCUGAGGAAGACUAUCAUCAACCUUGGCGAGGUGGAUCCCGUCCAAGAACUACCAAGGCUUGCAAGCGAUAUACGCGCGGCGAAUGAAGCUGCUACAGCUGCGGGCGGACCCGCCAUUCCUGCUAUCACCGAGGGCUUCCGGAUAGGUGUCACCGAACAACCAUUCAAGAUUCCCUACUAUGCUGCCUUGCUCCGCCUACUCCACGACCCACCAGCCGAAGCUGAAGAGAACCCUCCGACAGACGGAUCGCCCACGCUGGGCAAACAAGUCUUGGAGGACUUCUGGAAGGGGUUCCAAACGUUUUUGGACAAGCUCGCCUGGCGUGAAAUCAGGUUAUGUAUCCAAUUCUUUGCGCACUGCACAAUGGCCGGCCUCGUUUCGUCGCAAACUAUGUUCGAAUUGUUCAGGUCAUUUACCGCGGUGCUGCAAGAGUUCGGUGUGUCGCACGGGCGAGCCAUGAAGGCAGCAUUGAGCGCAGCGGAGGGGCUUAUGAUAGCUGGCCCAAUCAUGUCGAAAUCCGGUGCAGACGUCACUGAGAUCAUAACUGCUAUCAGUGACUACUCUGAGUCGAUGACAGGCUCCAAAAACAUCGUGCAGCCUGUUGUCAGGCUACACGAGCAGUCAUCAACCAUCGAGCACGCCGAUGAGCUCCUUGACUCCGCCAUUGCUGCCCUGUAUGUGUUGAAGAGCAGCGACUUCGCACAGACCGCGGACAGUUUCCCGCAGCCAUAUGUUGAGUACCCUGAGUUUGGGUCCCCGCCGUUCGAGCUACCGUCCGUCCUGGUACCUCCUGAGGUCAUCGAGUUGGACGGCCUGACCACCGAGGCUGGUGAAGAUGCUCAGGUGAAGAAGGAAGAGUGGCCCGCAUACUUCGUCCGGUUAUUCGACAACGACGUUACACCCGACCCUACAACGCCAAGUGGUUACGCUAUCCGGUCAGCCAUCCUAGACAUCUUAGACGUCUUCGAGGUGAAUCGUAAGGAGUGUGCUCGACUACUGCUAGAGUAUCCAAAGUGGACUCUGCAUGGAACCUUCAAGCCCAGGCCCGGUGCACCAGAGCAGGAGCCAGUACCAGAAAAGAACUGGCAGCUGGAGAACUCAAUCAUCGAAAUUACGCUUGGCUCGAUCUUCCUCCUGCCCGAAUCAACCUAUAGGUCGAUCUAUUAUAUCGCCUUAAUCACGGAGAUCUGCAAGCUGUCGCCGCAGACAGUUGGUCCCGCCGUCGGCAAGUCGAUACGCAAGCUGUAUACGCUUCUGUCGGACGGUCUCGACGUCGAAGUCGCACAUCGGUUCGCUGAGUGGUUCUCCGUGCAUAUGAGCAACUUCGGAUUUGCCUGGGUUUGGAAAGAAUGGGCACCAGACGUCUCAUUGUCGGCCAGGCAUCCCAAACGGCGCUUCGUGAGGAAGGCCCUUGAGUAUGAGAUCCGGCUCUCGUACUUCGACAGGAUCUUGAAGACACUGCCUGAAGCCAUGCAAACCCCGGAGGCUCAGUGCAUGCCCGAGGAAGCGCCUGGUCCCGAGUACGACUACGAUGACCCGUCAAAACCAUACCAUGACGCAGCGCAAUCGCUCCUCAGCCUCUUGCGUGGCCGCACAAAAGCGGAGGACGUCGUAUCGCACCUGGACUCGCUCAAGAACAGCAUAUCAGAGACGGCCGAGGGCAACGUGAACGUCAGCACCGUCGUGCGCAACAUCGCCGUGCAGUCGCUCCUGCACAUCGGCAAUCGCUCCUUCUCGCACUUCCUCAACGCCAUCGAGCGGUACCUCCCACUCCUCCGUAACAUCGCAUCCGGCGGCGGCGCAGGCGCAACGGGCGGCUCCAACCUCGAAGCACGCCUGGACAUCCUCAACGCCGUCGCGAAUUACUGGAAGCGCGUCAGGAACAUGGUCGUGAUCGUCUUUGACAAGCUGAUGCAGUACCAAAUCGUCGAUCCGCCGGAUGUGGUCUCCUGGGCGUUCGCGUAUGGUGGGGCGCUGACGGGUGCUGUCGGCAAGUCGACGUUCGACUCAUUCCAGUGGGACGUUCUCAAGGGCGCACUCGACAAGGCAAACGGCCGUGUCACGAUCGCUCGCAAAAAGGUCACGGCGUUGAGGAAAGAGGCUGAUGACACUGCGGCAAGAGCCAUUGCUACCGAGGGCGCUGCCAUGGAGGUUGACGCUGAGGCGAAGCCAGAUGUCAUGCAUGCCUCCGAGUCGCCUGCGCUGACCAACGCUCUCAAGGCAUUCGCCACCCUGACGCGGGAGCAGAAGGCCGUGCUGGCGCGCACUCUGGACGGGUUCGUUGGCUACCUGGUCGCCGAAGGUGACGCGAACCCGACCGCAGCGGAGGUCAUCGCAGAAAAGUCGUGGCACAACCGCAUCAACUGGAACGAAGUGCAAUGGGGAACCUGGGAAACAUGGUGCUGGUUCCGUCACUUCUGCAGAGCGUACUCGCCAUACCUGCGUAACUACACGCAGUCGCUGGAGGAAGCGUCACUGACAAAAAUCGGACCUUCCGACCCCGCCGUGGACUUGUUCAAGAAAACGUGGAACAUCGCCACUGGGCAGGACGUGUAGAAGCUUCACCGUUCUUGUGGAUACUCGCUUGCCAGGGCCAUGCGAGACCGAUAAUGCUAUUGCUAUUUGUGAUGAUACAUGUAUUGCAGUCGUUGUUGCAGCUGAUGCUCGUCAGUCGAUCGCGAAAGCGUGCCAUUGUCAGAAGCAUAGCCGGGGUGAGCUGAGAGCGCCAUUUCAGAGCGGUUCGAACAUGGCAGAUUGUCCGAGGAACACACACACUGAUGUAGAACGAGG